AUGUUCGGAGACUCCAAUGAGCGGACGCCCCUGCUUCAGGAGCAGUUUCCAGGCCAGCUACCACCCUCUGGCACAGUACAAAACGAAGAGAACCUGGGCGAUGCAUACAGACAGUUCUGCUUCCUUGUCGGCAACAACCCCAUGGACCAAUCUUCAAGCAAUAAAAACACGCCUCCACGUGAAACACUUUAUUAUCGGGCUCUGCAACAGCGCAAGCGACAAUCAUUGAUAUACGCACUCACGCGAGCUCUUACCAAUACACUGUUGCUGGCUCAAGUAGUUCUAGGAGCCGCGUUGACUGGUCUUGGGGCUGCAGACUCUCCCGGUUGGCUUAUCACUGUAUUUGGCGCCGCAAACACUGUUAUCGCAGGCUUGGUCGCGUUCUUGAAGUCGCGAGGGCAACCGAUGCGUGCAAGGAUGUUCAGAGAUGACUUGGACCGAGUCGUAGACGAGAUUGAGAAUUCCGCCACAAUGUGGAGAGGGAUCUCACAAGGGGUGCAUGGUUACGACGCAAUAGACACAGAUGAUGCAGUUACUGUUAGGAGCGAAGUUGCUAGACUGACUAGACUUUACGACUCAGCGGUAAAGACGAACACCAUGAACGACCCUGAUCAUUACGGAUCUGGCAUCUCUCUCGACAAUGCGCAACGCGGCUUGAGAACCCGUACAAACCAACCGUUUCAACCCACCCAACCACAGCCACUUGUUCCAGAUGUCACCACUCCUCCUGCUCCGAUCGCUGUCUCGGGACCCUCAGUAGACUCUGAUGAAAGCCCUGCUACUCAUCUAGCAGUGUCGCCGAGCAAGGACGCCGAGGUACAGAAAGACGACACACCUAAAACAGCUCAGGACUCAAGCGGACCAGUUGAUGGUAAAUCCACUCCAUCGGCAUCUGUUCCCUCUACAUCUGGUCCAGCCGAGCCACCAGUCRAAGCGACGGCGCCACCGCUGGUGAACAGCACGGAUCCGGAUGCCAGUCCGGCUACGGCAGCCGACGUUCCCAGGGCCAAGGAGAAGGACAAAUUGAAAGAUAGUAAUACCACUACUGCUGUGGCAUCAAAGAUGGUCUAG